AUGGCAUCGGGUCAAAAGACGUUCCUCAUCACCGGCGCCGGGCGGGGCAUCGGCCGGGGUCUAUCCCGGAUUCUGCUCCAGACCGGCCACCGGGUCUUCCUCCUAGAUAGCAACAAGGCCGAGCUGGACCACACCGCCGGGCUGCUGGCUAAAUCACACCGGCGCGGACAGGACUUCGAGACGGCACUAUGUGACCUUCGACAGCCGCGGGAGAUUAGCGCGGCGGUGCAGCAGGCGGACAAGCUGUUUGCGAGCCGGCUGGAUUGUUUGGUGAACAACGCGGCGUACACGGGCGGCGUGGGCGGCACGAGCCUGGCGGACAUGACGCUAGAGGAGUGGAACAAGAGCAUCGAGACGAACCUGACGGCGCCAAUGCUCAUGACGCAGGCGUGUCUGGGGAUGCUGCGAGCGGCAAGAGGCUGCGUGGUCCACGUCUCGUCCACCCGGGCCGUCAUGAGCGAGCCCAACAACGAGCCCUACUCGACGACAAAGGCCGGGAUGCUGGGCCUGGCGCAGAGCAUGGCGGUUUCUCUGGCGCCGGACGGCAUCCGCGUGAGUGCGGUGCUUCCUGGCUGGAUUCACGUCUUGAACGAGAGCCGCGAGGCGGAUGAAAAGGGCGUCAAGUGGGAGGACGGCUUGAGCGAGGCGGACAUGAGGUGGCAGCUUACGGGGAGGGUAGGAAAAGUGGAGGACGUUGCAAAGGCGGUGCUGUAUCUGGCGGAGAGCGAGGGCGUGACGGGGGUGGAGAUGGUGGUGGAUGGAGGAGUGACGAGGAAGAUGGUGUAUCCAGAGUGA